AUGUUGGAUGAUGUUGAUCAGUUUUUGAUCGAUGACGUGUGGGAAGCUGUCUGUCGGAAAAAGGGUUUUGGAUUUGAAGUCUGUAAUCUUGACGACGAACGGUUGAAAUUUGUCGAAGCUCUGACAGAACUUUUCUCGAAGCUUCUAAGUUGCAGUGACGAAAGUGUUGUCAAGGAAAUAAUACGUAAUUUUGGGUUAAGUCAGGAGGGUUCUCUGGAUGUUGCGGUACUUAUGUGCUUUGUAGCUAUGUUAUUUGGAACUGAAGCUCGUAGUGAUCUGCUUAUCAAACUAACAGUAUAUGGUGUUUAUUUCAGGAUAUCUGAGGGUUACAGUGGAGGCUCAGUGAAAGAUUAUGUGGAAAAGCUGUGGGAAUUGAAGUACAAGAAGGAGAGUUUCGAGUGGAGUAUUGAUGUUAUCAUGGGAAGUUCACUGUGUUGUAAGAGCCUGCACCCUAAAAUCAAACUUUGCAUUGGGGAACAUAAUAUAGAAAUGAACACCGCGAAAUUUGCGACGUUGAGGUACGAGGUUGCCCGUGCCUUGAAGCGUAUGGACACUUAUCAUGAUCGUCGUGUUCCUCCACUUAGAGUUUCCGACUAA